AUGUCCAGGAGCAAGUUCCAGAUCAAAGGUGACAGGUCUGGGAGGAGACCCUCGAGGAAGCAGGCUCCCAAAGCCCAGGGUGCGCCAGGCAAGCGUGGAGCACCUCCCGGCAGGAAGGAGCGGGCUGGUGGAAGCCCAAGGCCGGGGUCCCCACGGAGUAAGCAGGCCGAGCGCAGGAGACCCCGAGAGGAGCUGAGGAAACCUGAGCGAAGCACGGCAGAGAGGACCUCCAAGGGGAGGAGGAAGAGUGAUGGGAGGACUUCCUUCAAGGAGCAGAGGGCACCCCCAAAGAAGGAAAAGGAGACGCCGAGGAAGGAGGAGAUGUGGAAGCCGCUGAAGAAACACAGAUCGUCCUCCUUGGCCUCCAGCACCUCUGUUGGGGAGUCUUUGUCUGAGGAGGAGCUGGCCCAGAUCCUGGAGCAGGUGGAAGACAAGAAGAAGCUCAUUGCCACCAUGCGGAACAAGCCCUGGCCCAUGGCAAAGAAGCUGACCGAGCUCAGGGAGGCCCAAGAAUUUGUGGAGAAGUAUGAAGGAGCCUUGGGAAAGGGGAAAGGCAAGAGACUCUACGCCUAUAAGAUGCUGAUGGCUAAGAAAUGGGUCAAGUUUAAGAGAGACUUUCAUAAUUUCAAGACUCAAUGUAUUCCCUGGGAAAUGAAGAUCAAGGACAUCGAAAGUCAUUUUGGUUCUUCAGUGGCAUCAUAUUUCAUCUUUCUCCGAUGGAUGUAUGGGGUUAACCUCGUCCUUUUUGGCUUAAUAUUUGGUCUCGUCAUAAUUCCAGAGGUACUCAUGGGCACGCCCUAUGGAAGUAUACCCAGAAAGACAGUACCUCGGGCUGAGGAAGAAAAAGCCAUGGAUUUUUCCGUCCUUUGGGAUUUUGAGGGCUACAUCAAGUACUCUCCUCUCUUCUACGGCUACUACAACAACCAGAGGACCAUCGGGUGGCUGAGGUACAGGCUGCCCAUGGCUUACUUCAUGGUGGGGGUCAGCGUGUUCGGCUAUAGCCUGACGAUUGUCAUUAGAUCGAUGGCCAGCAACACCCAGGGCAGCACGAGCGAGGGGGAGAGCGAUAACUUUACAUUCAGCUUCAAGAUGUUCACCAGCUGGGACUACCUGAUCGGGAACUCAGAGACAGCUGACAACAAAUAUGCCUCCAUCACCACCAGCUUCAAGGAAUCAAUAGUGGAUGAACAAGAGAGUAACAAAGAAGAAAAUAUCCACCUGACGAGAUUUCUCCGUGUCCUGGCCAACUUUCUCAUCAUCUGCUGUUUGUGUGGGAGCGGGUACCUCAUUUACUUUGUGGUGAAGCGAUCCCAGGAAUUCUCCAAAAGGCAGAAUAUCAGCUGGUAUGAAAGGAAUGAGGUAGAGAUCGUGAUGUCCCUGCUUGGGAUGUUUUGUCCCCCUCUGUUCGAAACCAUUGCUGCCCUGGAGAAUUACCACCCGCGCAUUGGCCUGAAGUGGCAGCUGGGACGCAUCUUUGCGCUCUUCCUGGGGAACCUCUACACGUUUCUCUUGGCCCUGAUGGAUGAUGUCCACCUCAAGCUUUCUAAUGAAGAGACAAUAAAGAACCUCACACACUGGACCCUGUUUAACUAUUACAACUCCUCAGGUUGGAAUGAGAGUGUCCCCCGGCCGCCCCUGCACCCUGCAGAUGUGCCCCGGGGUUUGUGCUGGGAGACCGCCGUGGGCAUUGAAUUCAUGAGGCUGACGGUGUCCGACAUGCUGGUAACGUACAUCACCAUCCUGGUGGGGGACUUCCUGCGGGCUUGUUUUGUCCGGUUCAUGAACUACUGUUGGUGCUGGGACCUGGAGGCUGGAUUUCCCUCAUAUGCUGAAUUUGAUAUUAGUGGCAACGUGCUUGGUUUGAUCUUCAACCAAGGAAUGAUCUGGAUGGGCUCCUUCUAUGCCCCGGGUCUGGUGGGCAUCAACGUGCUGCGCCUGCUGACCUCCAUGUACUUCCAGUGCUGGGCAGUGAUGAGCAGCAAUGUCCCCCACGAACGCGUGUUCAAAGCCUCCAGAUCCAACAACUUCUACAUGGGCCUCCUGCUGCUGGUGCUCUUCCUCAGCCUCCUGCCCGUGGCCUACACCAUCAUGUCCCUCCCACCCUCCUUUGAUUGCGGGCCAUUCAGUGGGAAAAACAGAAUGUAUGACGUCAUCCAAGAGACAAUUGAAAACGACUUCCCAACCUUCCUGGGCAAGAUCUUCGCUUUCCUCGCCAAUCCAGGCCUGAUCAUUCCAGCCAUCCUCCUGAUGUUCCUGGCCAUAUACUACCUGAACUCAGUUUCCAAAAGCCUUUCCCGAGCUAACGCCCAGCUGAGGAAGAAAAUCCAAGCGCUGCGAGAACUUGAGAAGAACCAUAAAUCUGUCAAAGGCAGAGCCACAGCGAGAGGUUCAGAGGACACGGCUAAAGACAGCCCCCAAAAUGCCACCCAGCUCCAGCUCACCAAAGAAGGGGCCACACCUCACUCUGCCAGCCAAAGCCAGACCCUGGACAAGAAGACACAGAGCGCUGGGACCUCCAGUUCUGCUAGUGAGACCAUGCUGCCUGCCUCCCAGCAUCUCCCUGUAUCUCGGCUCCCUAACGUCAGACCAGAUUCUGGCCGUGGCCGGCCUCAUACUCAUCCUUGGAAGUCAGCCUCUGGAAAGAGUGCUGGGAGACCUCCCCACUGACAGCUGGGACUCGCAGGAGCACCAUUCUGGGGCUGAUCCUCAGGCCCCACUGGCUCACACCCCCCUAAAUGAGUGUCUCUCUUCCUCUCUCCUCUCACACACUUGCACAUUCUCUCUCCUCUCAUCAAAUGUGGGAACUUUGAUGACUUAGUCUCAGGCCCUUUUUGGCUACUAAGGGGGGAGGGCAAUAGCUUCAUCUGCCCUUUCGGGGAGCUGAGCCGCCGCACCCACUAACUGCCCUUCCCAGUACCCUGGUUCAGGCAGCUCUGGACCUUGCACUCACGGUGGUCUCCCUUGGCGUCAGACUUCAGGAGGAAGGGACAAGGUUGUCACGACCAUCACAGGCUUUUUUCAUGGUGCCCAUGUUGGGACACAGGUUUCUGCCAGCUCCACCAACUGAGAGGAGGGUGCAGAGGGACCCACCUUCCUGACCAUCACCUCUGUCCAAAGGAGGCAAGGUGGCUUAAGCACAAGGUACAAGAAGCCAAUGAAAACAAACGGAGCCAAAGUCCAGCCAUGAUGAGUGCAAAGAUAGGGACACCCCAAAACCCAGGCUGAGGGGAGCUGAUGCCUUUAAGCACCAAAAAUGCAUUGGGACCCCCCAGCUAGCAACAUUGACUGUUAUUUAUUGAGCAGUUGGCUUGUUCUGAGUACUGAGGAUUUCUAUUAAAGACAGCUGUCUGCAGGAUUGUGCCAGAUAAUUUAUUCUUCAAUGCAGUAUUAGUCUGGAAAAUGGCUCAAGAUCAUGCUUGGGGUGGAUGAGGUACAUAGAGCGUACAGGUAUCUAUAUCACCCAACCGUGUCUGGAAAAUGGACUGUAUAAACCCAACCGCUCAAUAAAUAACAGGUUAUCAGGGGCGUGGAUAAGAUCAAACAGCCUCAGGCUCAGGUUAUGAACGUAUGCUCUUCUGUGUCUAUGGAGAGAAAUGUGGCACAUGUGUGUAACU